GCCGAUAAAAGAAGGGCAGCCGCGGCUGACGCCGAAGCCUACCGCCGAGAUACUGCCUUGCCAUCCUUGGCCAAAAUCAUGACUAAAAAUGAGAUCACGGAAAAUGAACUAGAUGCUGCCACCCAAACCCAAUAUGAAAACUUAAAAAAUGGAGAAAUUACCGAACCCGACGCCAUUAUUGCGGCCGAAAAAUUAAUUACGGAAAAAAUUAGCCAGCAAGGAGCCAGUAAAAAAUUAAAUCAUCUCCUCACCCAAGCCAAAAAGGCCUUAAAAUCCGGCCAAAAAGCCCAAAUAGAAACAGCCUUAAAAGAAUUAGUAGCGCUUACAAUUGCGGACAACGUUUAUUGGCAACAAGCCUACGAAGCACAGCCGGAGACUAAUUCCUUAUUAUCUCAACUCCGAAAUUAUUCUGGACAGAACAACACCAAAAGCCCAACCCCAGGGUUUUUUCGCCCUCAAGUGCUUGUUCUGCUCUUUUUAGUUCUCGCUUUAUUGGGGCUGAACCAAGAAAAACGCGGAUUAGAGAUAAAAAAACACAGACAAUCUAAUCAAAAAAACUUUCUAUUUUCUGAUAAUUCUCUUGGUAAAUGGUAUGCUACUCGCUAUUUUUCUCGUGAAGAAGAAGAUGGUGGUCUAACUUUUUCUGUUGAAGUAGAGAUA